AUGGCGGGGGUGGUUAUGGUGUCCACCGGGUGUAGAGGGGGGGAGGGAGGUGGAGGUGGUGGUGGGAGCGGAAGGAGGGGGAGGGUGGAGGAGCAGCAACAGCAGGAGAAUCAGUUCUCCCUGGUGGAGCUGCUAAUGGCGGCCAUAAGGAGGUCCGUGGUGGCCUGCCGGGUGGAGCGGCACGAGGACGUCUCCUCGGCCGUCGACCAGAUGGAGAUCGGGUGGCCGACUGACGUCCGGCACGUCACCCACGUCACCUUCGACCGCUUCAAUGGGUUCCUCGGUCUCCCCGUCGAGUUCGAGCUCGAGGUCCCUUGCCGUGCCCCCAGCGCCAGGUGGUUUGCGUUCCUUCAUAUUUCCCCUCUUCUUCCUGAUUGAUGUCACUCCUCGCCGGAUUUCUUCUUUCUGCUAGCCUGUCUUUCGGCUCUGGUCUGCGAUACCUCCUGUCGUCGUGGACGCCUUGGAUUUCUGAAAUCCUGGUAGAUCUUAGCGUGCGGAUAUUUGACCGCUUCUUUGCUCAAAGAACUAGUACAGAUCAAAUCUAAAUCUAGAUUACCUAUGAUAAUACUGUGCUCCUGAUACGAUUUUUGGUGAGAUUUUUUUCUUUUUUUCUUUUUGUGAUUUGCUUCGCAUCGUUGGAAUAGAUCAUUCCUUGGUUCAUCGAACUAUGGUUUCUGAUAUAGAACUUUUGGAUCAUAGAGCAAAGGCUCACCAUUGCGAGUCAACUGUUGUCGGUUUAUAACUCGUGUUUCCGCGGCCGCGCAGCGCCAGUGUCUUCGGCGUCUCGCCGGAGUCGAUGCAGUGCUGCUACGAUUCCAAGGGAAACAGCGUGCCGACCAUUCUCUUACUGAUGCAGGAACGCCUGUAUGCGCAGGACGGAUUGAAGGUGGUUGCCCAAUCCCUAGCUCUUCUUUGUUUCAUGAAUCAUGAUAUUCUUCCUGUGCCCAAUAAUGGAGGGUGUCUGGUAAUCUCUCUUCUCCGAUCUGCGUUGGCAACAGGCCGAAGGAAUAUUUCGGAUUAAUCCGGAGAACAGCCAAGAGGAACUUGUUAGGGACCAGUUGAACAAGGGCAUUGUUCCAGAUGAUAUUGAUGUCCACUGCCUGGCGGGCCUCAUCAAGGUUUGACUCUCCUCCUUCCUCUAAUUCUAGUCAACAUGGUUAGAUAGAUUUCCAUGUAGUGGGCGCAUGAAUUGACGCGCAGAAAAUUUGAUCUUUUUGCAGGCCUGGCUCAGAGAACUUCCAGAGGGAGUCCUUGACGGGCUCUCCCCGGAGCAGGUUCUCCAGUGCAACACAGAGGAGGAGUGUGUGGAAUUGGUGAAGCUACUCGCGCCAACGCAGGCGGGCCUGCUCAACUGGGCUGUUGAGCUCAUGGCGGACGUCGUGGAGGAGGAGGAUCUGAACAAGAUGAACGCCAGAAACAUCGCCAUGGUUUUCGCACCUAACAUGACCCAGGUAAGGAAUUAUCCUCCUACAAGAAGCAGAAAGUCCCCGUCAUAGUUGACUUGUCGGAUCGAUCUGACUGUGGUUCCCGUUUUCUUGGAUCGUCAGAUGUCCGAUCCUCUGACGGCACUGAUGCACGCAGUUCAGGUGAUGAACUUGUUGAAAACCCUAAUCCUGAGAACGCUGAGGGAACGGGAGGAAGCGGAGAUGGAAGGGUACUCUUCCUUCUCUCGUUCACCUUCUUCUGACGAGGAAGGAGGAGAUGAUCUGGACAGCGAGGAGGGAGCCGACAUGACCAGCGAGCUCGGGCGAACACCCGAGAAUGACAGGGCCCAUAAUGGGGGAUACUUUGAGGAGAAUGAGGAGGCCAGCAGGGAGUUCAGAAGAGAUGACGACAGUUCACCGGACGAUGGUGACCAGGCCGGGGACGAUGCUCACAGUCUCGGAGACAACGCCAUCUCCAGAGAGGAGGUCGAGCAGCGAUUCUUGAGGCUGCUGGAGCUGCAAGGAGAAGAAGCUGCUGCAGACGACGAUUCCGGAAAGGAUCCCGUCGGACAGGAGGACAUGGACGACAGGGAUCGGGAUCUCGGCUCCGAUCUGAAUGCGAUUUCGGGCAUCUCGAUGUCUGCGAGCAAAGAAGGGGGGAGCUCGUCGAGUUCGAGUGAAGAAGAAGAAGAUGAUGAUGAUCAGGAACAGGAGGAGGACGCCUGGGGAGCUCGCAGCUCCAUGACAGACGAAUUUUCCGGCGAGAGGAGGUCGCCGUUUAAGCAACUUCGGGGCGAGCUGCAGCCCAGCGAAUGCGAAUCAUCCCGUGUCUAUUAA